UCAUAUUUAACAGAUAGCUAUGAGAAUGGUGGCACUCCUCUCAUCUAACUCUCCGAUAGAAAGUGAAUAAAGACGUUUCACAUUUCACACACAUUAAACGAUGUAACCGCCAGCCGCUCUUUACAGAGGCCCAGCGCAUCUGCUCUAUUUGAUGUGGAAGACUGUGCCGGGAGCCGAAUGUCAGAAUGACAAUGAUAAAACUUCAACAUUCUGAUGCCUCUGUAUCCUUGGCAGGCUUCUGCUGCUCUCCACUGCUUUGUCAGGGACAUUCAGUCGGCAUCUAUUUCACCACACCAGGAGGAGCUGGAAAAAAAAAGAAAAAAAAAAACUGGGGAAAAGGAGGAAAUAAAUCCCACAGGCUCCCAGAUCAGCCCUGACUACUGAUGAGGAAGUAGCGAUUAGAAAUUUACAGAGCGUUCUCUUCCUUGCUGGCCAGAGUUUUUUGUUUUUUCAACAGCAGGCACUGACUUCCUCCUAUGAGCAAUAAGAGCAGCUUCACACAGACCACUCUGCCUGUCAGCUCGACUGACUGACUGAGAGCAGCUCACGCUCAGAGAGAGACAGCAAGAGGGACUCAUGCGCCGACCCGGGGCUCGCUGAACGUGUGAGUACAAGACAGACAAUUCCAGUCAUGUGACAAUGUAGCUCCGCUGUUUGUGUUAAAUGUGACUCCUCAGCCGGAGCCUGCAGUCUUGUCCUGUUAAGACUUUUUUAGUGUUUCAGAGUGUGAGAGACAAGUAGGUGUCAGAGCCAGACUGUGGGACUUGUGUGCAGCACUGCAAAGAGCAAGGGCUGUUGGACAUGUGAAGCAAACAGCCAGAUUUAAUCAUAGUUUUCAUUUCAUUUCGGGAGCCCUCAGACUCGUGAAAUGAAAUGAAAACUAUGCCUGAACUGAAUCUCAACUCCUCAGCAGAGGAUGUGGUUUGGUGCAGGUUGUAGCAAGCCCGUGCAAAGCCAAGCCCCUUGCAGAGGGAGGAUGUCCCAGACAAAAACAACUCUAAAGUCAAGUCAAGUCAACUCUUUCUGGUGUGUUUGUUCGCGUAAGAUGUGUAAUAAACCCUGACGGGGUUUUCAUCGCUUCUUUUUUUUCUUUUCUCCCCCCUCAUUCUUAAAAUUUCAAGUUGGCACAUUGAACGCAAUAAGAGCCAAUCAAUCCAUCUUGUUCGUCAAGGCUCAAAAAGACUGCAAGAAGAAAAAAGGCUUCAAAGAAUGAUGGAUAUGUUUAGGGUGGAAACGAUGAGGCAGUUCGCUUCAGGAUGUUCGGUGCCAUGGGCUCCUCUAACUCAGCGUGCCUCCUCAGCCAGAGGCUGUCAGAGUGCUUCUGUGUUUUCAUAGUUUCAGGUGUAACACCAUGAGAGACGUUUGUUCAAGUUUUGUACUCAGAAUAGUUCUGCUUGUGGGAGGAAAAGUGGAAGAAGUGGGAUGAGUCAGUCAACAGUUUUCACUCUCAGUGUCAUCUCUCUUUGACCAUGAAGCUCGGGGGGUUUCCAAAGAGUACAAUAAAACGUCAGGAAUGGGGUGAGGCUCGUAACACUAUUACCCAGACUCGCAUCGCUUCAGUUCAUUCAUGUUUUUUUUUCGUAACUGACCUGUGGCACUGGGGGUAAAAUUAGACAAGAGGCCAGUCCGGACCCUAGGCUUCCUCCUUUGGGUUGUGUGACAGGGGCUUUCUUAACCAGCAUGACGUCAGCCAAUGUUUGUGCUUGCGUAGGCAGUCAUGAGGUUGUGGUUAGUGAAGCAGGUUCUGUCAGCAAGCGCCAAACCACAAUCGAUUUGUCCAAAAACCCCUGCGAGACCGCAGCUGUCUUCCUGUGUUUACAGUGAAAGAGGCUGACUCUGCCUCCACCUCCUUUUGACACCUGUCAACUGUUCCAAAACACUGGCUGUCACUGUGGAGACACUUAUGAGCCAGAAUAAGGAGGCGCAGAGGAUUCCCCAGACAGACAGUCCUGAGAAGACGGAGGAGAGGAAACACACGCAUUCUGAAUCAGCAUCCACAAUGGACCACCAGCAGCAGCACGCCAAAGUGGAGCGAUUCCUCAAGUUGGGGUACUCUCAAAGCGACAUCCUCAGGGUGCUGGAGAGCCUCCACCAUGACGCCCAGACCAAUGACAUCCUGGAGGAGCUGAUAAAGACCUGCCACACUCGUACUUACAACAACAAAAGUGUCCCAAACAGUCCCAAGCUGGUGCCCAGAGGCUGCAGCCCCACACGCAGUCAACCCAGACCCGGACCAGACAGAGAGCCAGCUGCUGGCUUCAGACCAGUGGUUAUAGAUGGAAGCAAUGUGGCCAUGAGCUAUGGCGACAAGAAGGUGUUCUCGUGCCAGGGCCUCCAGCUGGCAGUGAACUGGUUCUGGGACAAAGGGCUGCGCGACAUCACUGUGUUCGUACCCCUGUGGAGGAAGGAACAGCCGCGACCGGACGCACCGAUCACAGAUCAACACAUUCUCCACGAGCUGGAGAGAAGGAAGAUCCUGGUGUACACACCGUCUCGCUGCGUAAAUGGUAAGAGGGUGGUGUGCUACGACGACCGGUACAUCGUCAAGCUGGCCUUCAACUCAGACGGCAUUAUCGUGUCCAACGACAACUACCGCGACCUUCAGACGGAGAAUCCCGGCUGGAAGAAGUUCAUAGAAGAGAGGCUGCUGAUGUACACCUUUGCCAAUGACAAGUUCAUGCCUCCAGAUGAUCCUCUGGGCAGAAAUGGACCCACAAUUGAUGAUUUUCUGAGGAAGAAGCCCUGGACCCCAGACAACAAGCUGCAGCACUGUCCCUACGGAAAGAAGUGUACUUAUGGAGUGAAGUGCAAGUUCUACCACCCAGAGCGGGCCAACCAAUCACAGCUGUCUGUGGCUGAUGAGCUGAGGGCGCUGCGAGACAGAGCCAAGAACUUCUCGCCCAAACUGAGCCUGCAGGACUCACACUCCUGCCCUACUUUGUACCAGCCGGAGCACAGAUACACCUCAUCCACCCCUCCGCCCCCGAGCGUAGAGGACCAGUCACACAGGGCUUCGCCCAGUGAGCAGUUCGUCUAUCAGCGCGACUCCAGCAGCCCGAGAAGCCAGCCCAACGCGAGUCUCCACCACUGUCCAAGCCCAGACCUGGACGAGGCCUUCAGCUCCAUGGAGAGCUCCAUGUCCAGGCUCUACAUCCAAGAUAUGCCCUAUAGCAUGGAGCACCCUCCCCACAGCUACAGCAGUGGGGUGGCGAGCUACAGCCUGAGCCAUGACGACUACUCCCUCUCAGGGUCAUACAGCGGGAACACCCGGAGGCCCUGUCAGAGCGGAGGAGGUUACUGCCCUCACCGAAACUGCUCGGGGUCCCGCAAGCGCCCCGUGUGCAGCCAGUGCAGGUGUGAUCACCAGCAGACCAGGAUGCCCCCCCACCACCGCCACCACCACCACCAAGCAUGGAACUCCUGCCCAGCUCUGCCUCCACAUAACGUGGAGUAUCACAGCCACGUUUCAGAGGAGCAGUUCUUCAGCCAGCCUGCCAACAGACAGACCCACAGCUCGCACGGGGACCCGUGGCCUCGGGGCGGCCUCUCUGACACCAGGCUGAACGGCCGGGCCAAGAGCCCGUUCAGCGAGCAGAGGAAGGCCCUGAGGAGCCAGCUGAGCACCCUCUUCCCCCAGAGCACAGUGGAGCAAGUCAUGAAUGCUUACCCAGACGUCUCAGACAUGUCCGAACUGAUUUCUCUCAUCCAGAGCUACAGGACCAGCCACAUCUCCUUCUAAAUUAGAAAGACUCUUUUCUUUUUUCUUUUUUUUACUGAAACUGAGCCCACAUUGAAGUUCUCAUCCCAUAAGCAAAGUGAAAACUGAAAAAAAAAAAAAAAACAGGAAAUUUCCAUAAAGGACUGUGACUUUAUAUUAUUAUGAAUCAUACUAAAACGUCUCCUCUUCCUUGAGCACAUUCCAAACAUACCCUUUAUUCUAAGCAUUAAAAAGUGACACAAUCUGAUGAAGUCUUGAAACUGUUGCAGACUGAACGCUGUUUCUUUAUCCCAGUGUAAAAGUGCAAUGCACUACGCUCCAUACAUGCUACUUAUUGUAGCACUGACAAAUGUUUUAUUAAAGCAGCAUGUGUUGUUUUUCUCAUGUUGCCUCAAAGUGAGGAACGCUAUUCUGUACUUUUGUAAAGAUUGUCAUUGACCUGGUUUUGAUGUGAAUUUGAAAGCUGUGUGUUAUUUCUGUG